AAGAUCGUAUCAGUAAUGGCUAGUUCAACGAUUGUAUCAAGAUUAUCAUCGUCAACUCGAUUACCUGCUCUCACUGUCAAGCUGAAAACCAGCGGAUCAGUGUUACCCACAAUUUCCCCAUUGAAAUCGAGCUCCCCAUCUCAAGUUUCUUCUUCAAUGAAGCGCAUUUCUGGGAUCUCAAGGUUACCGGUGGAGCUGAGCUGCUUAAUCUCUAUGCUGCCGUUGCAUAGCGUGGUAGCCUCUGCUCGCCUAAGAUCAUUACUUUCCAUUGAAUCUCUGAGCUGGAGCUUGAUUCCACAAGGUAACUCCUUACCUUUAUGACAGAAGCCUUGUGUUGAAGAUUGUCAGAAUGGCCUUAUUUUCAUUGCCAUGAAGUUUUUGUUUGUCUUGAACCUCAAUCCGAAAGGGUAAUAGUUUUCUGUUGUUUCUCAUGAUGUAACCAAUACUUUGUAGCUUGGCUGUUCAGAAACCAGAAAAUAUGGAUUGGCAACAAAGAGAACAUGAUUAA